GUAAAUAUUUAUGUUAAAUGUUUUUGUUAUAUUAAAGCUUAUACCUUUAUCCGAGUAGGAGACCACAGUAUUAUUUAAUGUUAUAAAAGCAUCAAAAUGUUAAUUUACUUGUUAAUUUUUCAGUAACAAAGUCUUAUUAAUUUAUUUUAAGUUUCCCAUAUUUUUUUAUCAACAGCUGUCACAAGGAGCUUACAACACAAAAGAAAACAAACCACACCUUGUGAUGGCAAAUGAAAUUAGAGCUGAGAUUUUUCCAGGGACAGAUCUUUGCAUCACAUACAGUUGCAAAAAAGACAAUUCAGAGCAAAAUAGUAAAAAGUCAGCAGAGAAAGAGAAAGCCCCUCGCGUACAUUCCCUGGAGUAUGCUCUUCACUCUCUUCUCAGAAAGCAGCACCAUCAGACACAGACUCUGGUGACCCCUCGUCCUGUCACAGCAUACCCCAUGCAGGGUGGGAAUAAGAGACUCUGCCUUGCUGGGGCCUCGGCGAUGACAGCAGCUGAGGUAACUCCAUAUCUACAAAGGUUUGUGGAACUUACACUUUUUACCUUUGAUUCUUGA